AUGACAGGUGCUAUGGCAAGCUAUGUCACGUUCUUCCUCGCAGGGCUGUAUCCUGUACCCGCUACUCGGCAGUAUCUGCUUUCCUCACCGUGGUUCCCUCAGAUUUCUUUCUACAACCCCGCCUUCAACACCACGACCACGAUCAAAGCAAACGGAUUCUCGGGGAAUCCCGCGAAUGGUACCGGUGGCCAGGUCUUCGUGCAGAACGUCACCAUCGACGGCGUGCCGUGGAAAUCGAACUGUUACCUCGAAUGGGACGUCUUUGAGAGCGGUUCUACGAUCGAGCUCGAAUUGACAGACGACGCCAAUGUGGUGUGCGGGGCAGAUGACAGUGCGUUGCCACCGUCGUUGUCCACCGGUGGAUUUGCUUGA